GAAAAAAAAAAUUAUGUCGUGAUUUAGGCAAUGUCGCAAGAGAUCAAAAAGAAAGAUAAAUGUCGUGCUAAUAUGCAAACUUCCUCCUCUCCACAAUCUUGAAAUAGAUUUUCAGGGAAUCUAUAAGAAGGUUAAGGAAUAUAUUAUCAGUUAUCAUCACCAUCUUCAACAACAAUAGAUCAUGGGACAAUUGGUAAAGGAUCAAGGUGAGUUCCUUGACGGAUUAUCACCUACUCAAGAACAUUUCUUAAAGAAAUACCUUCUUGAACAUCGAUUAUAUGAUGAAUUACAUUCGCUUUCCAAGCCUGAAGCUUGUGAGAUGUUAGGUCCACCGUUUAAAUUGAAAUCAUCAUCAGAAAAGCUUGAUGAAUUGCCACUACUUAGCUUCUUCUAUAGAGAAUUUGGAUCCACAUUCCCCUUUAUUGCUACCAAUUCACCAAAGGAUCAAUUAAGCUUUUGGCAAGAUACUGUUCAACCAUUUAUGGAAAAGUUUAAUCAAGAAAACAUUAGUAAUUCAGAUGAAAGAUCAAACAGCACUACCAAAAGAAGACAAAUCAAUCGAAAGAUGUUAUCUGGUUUAUUAUUGUUUUAUAAUUCGACCUUCAUUACUAAUAAAGAUUUGAAAUAUCAAAGUGAUACUCAUUUAAAGGCAUCUGAUACCGGUAAGUUGGAUAAAUUCCAGAAAUCUUCUAAUGAAAUAGCGAUUUCUGUGGCUGGUUUAGACGAUUAUGAAGACUUCAAAUAUAAUAAUGAUACUUCGAUUAAUGUAGUGGCAGUUAGAGAUGUUUCUGCUACGGCUGCCCCUGCUUAUUCUGCUUGGAAUCCAUUAUCUUAUAUGUCUUCCACUGAAGUUCAAAGACAUAAUUUCGAGUUUAUUUUACAAGUAACAACUAGAACCUUACAUGGUUGUAAUUAUCAGUAUGGGUCUCAUUUCAUUGUUAGACAUUAUCAUGAAUUCAAAAUUUUAUCAAAUGCUUUGAAAAAAGCUUAUCCUGGUUUAAUGGCCAAACGGUCAUUUGAAGUACCUUUAAAGAAUAAAGCUGAAGCUGAAGAUUAUUUUGGAGGUGAAUAUGAAGCAUCAAUAGUUUCAAAAUCAUCAUCCAUUGCUGAGACCAAAGAAAGUGGAAGUGGUAGUGGAAUGAAGGGUGGAACCUUACCUCGUGAAAAAUUAAGAUUAGCCUUAAGGGGGUAUUUAAGGACAUUAAUUAUGAUACCUGAGAUCAUUCAUUCCAAAGCUUUUCAAAAAUUCAUUAGUGAUUCAUCAUUAAUUUUCAAUGAAUUAACCCCAGACGAUAUAAUAGACUUUAAUAGAAGAAUUGAACAUGAAAAGAAAUCAUUUUCAACUCAAUUAGAAUUUCAAAAGCAAACUUCAAAGGUUAUGAUUCAACUUACUCAAGAUUUUGAUGAUUUUAAGAAGAAACUAAUCUUAGAUCCUGAAACUAUCUCUACCAUAUUUCAUGAUAUAAAGGAUUCAGGAAGUAUCAAAGAUCAAUCUCAAGUUAUAAAGACAUUUAAUGAAUGGUGUAAAUUAGAAGUGGCUGCUACCCUUUACCAUACAUUCUUGAGUCAAGACAAUUCAGCAGAAUGGCUAAAUAAAUGUCGAAGAUUUCAUCGAUUAUUUCCUUAUAAUUUCGUAUAUGGUAUCUUAAGGUAUACCAAUCCAGUGAAAGUGGUAGGAAAACUUCUUGAUUUAUUAUUAAUGAAUAUUCCCAGUAUAAGUUUUGGAUGGGGUAAUGAUUCUGAUAAACCGAAAGGUGGUAGUAAUUUAUUAUCGAUAAUAUUCACUAUGUUGUUAGAUGAAGAUUUAAGUGAUUUUGAAAAAGAGCUUACAUCAUUAAGAGAAGAGAAAUUAGAUUCUGAUUAUGAUAUAUUUUUGGAAAGGAUUGAAGCAUAUUGUGAGUUAGAUAAUGAUACGACAGAAGAAAUCAAACAAGAAUCGGAAUUGAAAUCAGAUGAUUUAUUAUUAACUGUACUUUCAACUGAUCUUAUUUCUCCUAAACUUUCUACUUCAAUCGAUCAUUUCAAAUUCAGUCAAAUCAAGAGCUCAUUCCAAUCAUAUCAAUUAAUCCUGAUUGAGAAAAGUGUGACUAAAUCUGAAUUAUUUUUGAAUUUGAAACAAUAUUGGCAAAUCCAAAUCCGUAAGAAAGAUACUAAAGUUUUAAAACAAUUAUGGAAAGAGCCUGAAUUGACCAAUCUUCUUAGAGAAACCAUCACGAUAUUUUAUCAACCUUUAAUCCAAGUAUUUGCCAAGGCUCAAAUGCAUGUGGUAUUCAAAUCAUUCCAAACUUUUAUGAAUGACUUAAUGAGAGAGUUACAUUUAUUAAGUAACAAGGAAGUUUAUUAUUUAAAUCCAUUUCAAAUUUUUAAUCGUCUUAAAGCGUUACUCGAUAAACAUGAAGAUGUGCUCUGGAGAUUUCUUCAUAAUGUAUACAUCAAUGAUGAACAAUCAUUAUUUGAGAAUGUUAUAAAAUGGACUGAGAAAUAUUUAUUCAUGUUAAGGAUAAAAUUUGUGGAAGAAGAUAAAGUGAAAUUAAGAUUCUCAUCUAAAGGGUUAGAUUUGGAUCGUGAAUUAUUUAUGGUGCAGCUUAAUGCUAGAACAGACAGUGUGGUUAAAAAGAGAAAACUUUUCAAACAAUAUCUUGAAAAGAAAUCAUUAACGCCAAAGGAUACAUCACUUCAAAGUAAGCUUGAUCAAGAAUGGGAAGUUGUGAAUGGGCAAAUGUUUGCCGAUUCUCAACCAGCAGACUUUGGAGUUAGUGAAGAAGAUUUUGAAGAGUUCAAUCAUGCUAAUUUAGAAGAAGAACUUACAGGACUUGGACAAUUGGAAAGUAAUUUAAAGAAGGAUCUUUUUGAAUUAGAAGAAGAAGCAAGAAAAGUGGGUACAAGUGAAUUAGAUAAACUUGAUGUUGGGGUUAAACAACAAUUAUUGGUUAUGUUAAGGGGUAUUCGUUUAUAGAUGUUUUUAAUUAAUAUUAUUUAAUAUAUAAUUUUGUUAUAACUUAAUUACUGCAAAAAUA